CAAAUUGGUUUACACUAGCUCGUGGAAAAGGUAUUGGAUAUUGGAUAUUGGAAUUAACUUCCCACAAACUCAAACUCAAGGACACGGCUUGAAUAUUUGCAGUACUGUCCCAGUCGGAGGCGCUUUUACUCAAAUAAAUAACAUCUUUUUGUAUUAGGCUGACUAUAUGAUCUAACGAAAAGAGAUAUACGUUUGCUGUGGCAGUUAGUUUCAGUCACUAAACGACCUUAUCAUGAUUAAUGAUAUAAUUAAUACGAUUCCUCGGUUAGCAUAUGGUCUUCAUAAAGGUCAAAUGGGUAGAAUUGCUAUAGUGGGAGGAUCAAAAGAAUAUACUGGAGCACCCUACUUUUCUGCCAUAAGUGCUUUGCACUGCGGUGCUGAUUUGGUUCAUGUAGUAUGUUCUGCCUCUUCCUCUCCUGUUAUCAAAUCAUAUAGUCCAGAAUUGAUCGUCCACCCUGUGCUAGAUGGAGUUCCAGAAGAAGCAAUCAAAUGUAUGGAUAGAGUUCAUGCAGUUACAUUUGGACCUGGUCUCGGACGAACUGAAAAUGUCGAAAAUACUAUAAAACUCAUAGAUUAUUGCAAAAAAUCUAACAAACCAAUUGUUAUAGAUGCUGAUGCAUUGCAUAUCGUCACUCAAAGUCCAUCGCUCAUUGAAGGUUAUGAUAAAGCUAUCCUUACUCCAAACAUUGUUGAGUUUUCACGACUAUAUUAUUCUGUGUUUACAUUUCAACCAAAUGACACUGAAGAUGCGACAAGAUCUCUUGCUGAGAAACUUGGUGUCACCAUUGUCCGUAAAGGUCCCAUAGAUGUUAUAUCGAAUGGUCAAACAACUGUACAGUGUGUGGAUCAAGGAUCACCUCGCAGAUGCGGUGGACAGGGAGAUAUUCUGUCUGGUACAAUGUCAGUCUUCAACUACUGGUUUCACCAACCGAAGGAUAACAAUCAGAGUCUACUGUCUACAGCUACUAUUGGAGCGGCAUUCGCAGCUUGUUCUCUUACACGAAGAUGUUCACAAUUGGCAUACACUAAGUACGGUCGUUCUAUGAUAACUACGGAUAUGCUACCAGAAAUACAUCAUGCAUUUGAACAGCUCUUCACUGAGUCACCAAAUACAUGAAAUAAAAUUCCUUGCUUUUUGUGUGCUAAACAAAUCCGACUGAGUGGAGUCCACUAGGUAUAUGUUAACUUGGUAUUGUAAUUGACUGAUUGUGUGUAUUUCCGAUUGCGUCCAAAUCUUGGACUUUUAAUCCAAUUUUAUCACAUUUUAAUCAGUUUGUGCAAGACCCAUUUAUGAAAAAGUCUUCUCGACAACUUUCUCAUAAUUGCUGAAGAAGUCUUUUCAUAGGAUGAGUAUGAGACGCUAGGACAUAAAUCGGUAUAUAUAGUUCAACGAAGGGGACUCUCCGGUAGGUUCGUAUCUGAAGUUAUACAACUGCACAUAUAUACUAUUUUUCCGAUUAAAA